UGCUCAAAAAAGUAAACACAAAGCACGCACACACUGUCACUCACUAACAACACAGUUCACACACUCUUAAAGCGAAGUGAAAAGCCCUAAAUCGAAGCUUCGAGAAAUGGCGGAAGGCAGAGGAUCUUCCCUUGUUCAUCUACUCGUAAUAGUACUGAGCUUAACGGCUUUCGGAUUCGCCAUUGCCGCCGAACGUCGCCGGAGCACCGGUACUCUGCAUGAUGAUAAUGUAACCAAUCGUACAUAUUGUGUUUACACCUCAGACGUUGCCACUGGAUAUGGAGUAGGUGCUUUCUUGUUUCUUCUUUCAGGCGAGGCAUUGAUUAUGGGAGUGACAAAAUGCAUGUGCUUCGGAAGACCUUUAUCUCCUGGUUCAAAUCGUGCAUGGGCCAUUAUAUACUUCAUAUCAUCAUGGCUGACAUUCCUGGUUGCAGAAGCAUGUGUUGUUGCUGGAGCAAAGCAAAAUGCUUACCACACCAAGUAUCGUGAUAUGCUCUUAGCAGAAAACUUCUCUUGCGAAACACUAAGGAAAGGUGUCUUUGUUGCUGGAGCAGUUUUUAUCGUUGCAACCAUGAUCCUUAAUGUGUAUUUCUACAUGUACUUCACGAAAGCUACUACUCAGCCAGCUCACAAGACUAAUCGUACAAGCUCAAAUGUCGGGAUGGCUGGUUAUGCAUAGAUUUUGCAGAAGAAACUUUAGCUAGGCUCUAAAUUACCUACAUCAUUGCCACUAUGGUUGUAUAAUGUACUACUCCAUAUAAGAUCAUCUAUUAUAUGAUAUCUGGUUAUUUUUUCUUUCUGUUUGGGUAUUUGCUAAGUAAUAGAUUAGAUAGAUAAUAGAAAAUCUUGUAUUGUUUGGGUGAAGAAAAAUGAACUUCUAUUAUGAUAUAA